AUGCCAAUAAUUGUUGAAGGGAACGAGGAGUUGGAGAAUCACACCGUUGAGAGAGUGGAGGCAAGCAUGGAUAACACCCCUAAUGGCGGUUCUGGUGCCUCUUCCACUGCUGCUGUCACCGCUGCGAAUGACACCUUUGCCAUGGUCAUCCACCAUCAGGGCACGUCAGACAUUGCCAUGGUUUCAGGACACGCUUCUUCCUUUGAAGAAACGGAAAUUUUUGUGCAGCCAGUAAAGGAGGAAUCAGUGAGUAAUGCGUUUUACCCCUAUGCUUGGGUACGUAUGUUAAAUCAGUCGGCCGUCACCAUAUCUCAGCAGAUUGUGGGUUUGUAG